AUUGGCCAAUCACCUGCAGUUGAGACGCCUCUUGUGGGCGUGGCCGAUUCUUUCCCGGAUGUGUGUGUUUAUUGUUCGUUUACAUCCAUCGAGAAAAACGUGUGAAGGGGUAGCAGUCGUCCUGUUCUACUCUGUGAGGAAUGGAUGCUACUCAGAGGAUCAAUGACCUAAUCGUGGAGUCAGAUGAGGAUGAAAAUGAAGAGGAGGAUGAAACUAAGAGGGGACCACCAUUGGCUAAACUGUGCAUCUUAAAAAAUGAACACAUCCCUGAGACAGAGUUGCCCCUCUAUUUGGGAGAUAAUGUUCUGGGCCGGGAUCCCAACACCUGCACCCAGUCCUUGCCAGCUCCCUCAAUAUCCAAGCAGCACGCUACCAUCUGCAUCUCCGUCUACAGGAGAAGAGGUUGUCACAGUGAAGUAGACACAGAGGCUUUGGUUUGGGACCUAGGGAGCAUGAAUGGGACCCGCAAGGGCCACCUAAAGCUGACUCCCAAUGUACGCUAUGCCCUCAGUGAACGGGACAGUUUGAUGGUGGCAGACAUCCCAUGUCAGUAUGUCAUCUGCGCUGUAGAUGCAGUCUCUUCUCAAGGGGACACGACGACUCCUGUGAGCAGAAAUGUAGACCUAAAGGCCAGGUUGCCACAUGCCUCGGGAGAAAAGGAAGGUUACACAAGCACAGGCAGCAAGAAACAUGUCAACGGAGGUACAAAGGCUAGGGUGUCUUUACCCGAUCGGGGGGACACAAGCAAGACUCCUGUCCUAACCAGUUGCCUAACCCUUGAGCAAACUCCAACCCAGCCACAGGGGAGCCUGGUCCCAGAAUCUGACUCGGACUCAGGCGGAGAAAGAGAAGACCGAAGGCGCAAGUCUAUAGUGUCCGAUUCUGACUCCCACAAAUCCAGUCCCACCUCUUCAACAUUCCUGAGUCCCACAAACAAAACCGUCCCUGAAAGUGAGGAUGAAAGUCCCAUCACACCGUCCUCCAAUAGAAAUAGGCCUCUCAGACAUGUCACCUUCAGCGCGGAGGAGACAGACGUAGAUGUGGGCCGACAGCAGCUGAAGAAACACAAGGCACUUGCGAUUGUGUCCGAUAGUGAGGAGGAGGAAGAAAGCGGACAACAUGUCCCAGUGAAACAAGAAAGCAAUGUCAGUCUUACAGGAGAAGAUGAAUUGCCUGUAUUCUCUCCAACAGUCUUUACAGAUGUGAUCCCUGAAUUUCACAUGGACAGUGACACUGAUGUCGAUGAAGAUGAUGAUGCCUUAGACAAAGUUCCCAAAGGUUUGCCUUCCUCUGCUGACCACACAAAGCCUCGUGGUAUUUCGCUCAUUCAGCCAGAGGGCAUCACUAUGGACAGUGACACUGAUGUGGAUGAUGAUGAGGAGGCAUUGUCAGACGCUGCUACAAAAGCCAAACCCACUUCACUUCAGAGCACACACGCAGCUGACUCUGCUCCUUCAACGCUGGCAAAUGUCCACCUAGACAGUGACACAGAUGUUGAUGAGGGAGAAGAAAGGGAACUUGGAACAAGUAAUAAAUGCUCUAAAAUAGAUGAAAGUCCCACUAGAUUAGAUACCAAGCCUGAAUCCGCCCCCGCUGUGCCUCGCAGCCUGCAUGUAGACAGUGACACCGAUGAUGAAGCUGCUCCUUUCAUCAGUGACCGCUCGGUGGCGUCUGCUGUCACAGAAUCACGCACCGCGGCAGACGCAGGAGCUGAUUUGGGUAUUUUGUCUGACAGCGACACAGAUGUGGAAGGCGAUUCUCCUCUGGUCAUACCUGUCAUUGUCUCAGCCUUGUCAGCCGACCCUGGUGCCAUGUCAGAUUCUGAUGCAGACACAGAUGUUGAUGAAUCCAGCGUGCCCCCUGCUGGAGACGGGGUCAAUCCAGCCGACCUUAGAGUGGACAGUGACACAGAUGUAGAAGAUGAGGUGGAUUUUGGAGAGGCAGGUGAGGCCCAGAUUCCCGACCUGUGCAGAGAAAGUACGCCCAGGUUUCUGGUUCCCCUUCAGCAGAACUGCUCUACUCCUGUACACGUGUCAGAAGGAAAACUGGAAAAUCUGGAGACUUUCUUGAUACCCUCUUCAGUUCCAUUUAGACGUGCUGAAGCCCCUGCUGUAAGACCUAUCGCAUCGUCUCCCAGCUCAGACAGCCUGGAGGAUGAGGACUUGGUCGUGGCCGAGACACAGUCCUUCAUUCUUCAGACCAGAGACUGCCAGGGCAACUCUCCAGAGCACGCCACACAAGCUUCUGGCCUUCAGUCUUCUGCUGAUGAAAAAGACAAACAGUCCAGCAGAGGAGGGUCUUUCCAUCUGGGAUUGUCUGACAGCAGCCACCUGCAGGGUCUGGCCCAAACUCGAGCAAUGGAAAGCAGCCAAGGCUUUGUCUCUGUGGUCGGGGGUGUGAAUCUGGAAGAUACCCAAGCAUAUGCAGCUAUCUCAAAUGCAGACAGAACCUCCUUGGAGAAUGAUCCAAAUCUGGAGGCUACACAGGCCUUUGGAGAGGAUGUUGGACCUGCCAGAUGUUCAUUAAUGUCUGCAAAAGAAGGUCAGGUGGAUUUUUCCCUAGAAGCAACACAGGCAUUUAUUUCAGAGUCCUGCAGUGAUUCAGAGGAUGGAAUAAACACCGCUACUGCUGAGACUCAGCCUUUCGAUUGUCCUACUUCAUCUACUGUUGCCACGGCUGAAACCCAACCAAUGUCUGCCUUUGAGGAGGAGGAGGAGGAGGAGGAGGAGGAGGACAGUUUGGAUGAAGAAAAUCCUGUUUCCUCUGCACUACAAGUUAAGCCCAGACCACAGAGUGGAACAGAAGAGAGGGAAAAACAUAGGGAGGCAGCUCAACCUCACAAGAGGGACCUCAUUAAGGCUUUGUUUGUAGCUGAAACUCAGCCCAUGUAUAUAACUGAGGAUGAAGAAAGUGAUGAUGAGGACUCAACUCCCGGUCCACAAAAAAGAAAAGCAAAGCAGCUGUGGUUUGAAGACGAGCAGACACAAACACUCACAAACUCUGAGCUCUCUAUUGUGGAAACUCAGCCAAAGAGGAAAGGUGAAGAUGGAGAAAGUGAUGAAGAGGACUUGAUUCCAGGUCCACGAAAAAGGAGAGCAAAGGCGCUGCAGCUUGAAGAGGAGAGCAUGCAAACACGCACAAACUCUGAUUUAUCACUUGUUCAAACUCAGCCCAUGGUUAUAAGUGGAAAUGAGGAAAGCGAUGAUGAGGACUCAACUCCAGGUCCACGAAAAAGAAAAGCAAAGCAGCUGUGGUUCGAAGACGAGCAGACACAAACACUCACAAACUCUGAGCUCUCUAUUGUGGAAACUCAGCCAAAGAGGAAAGGUGAAGAUGGAGAAAGUGAUGAAGAGGACUUGAUUCCAGGUCCACGAAAAAGGAGAGCAAAGGCGCUGCAACUUGAACAGGAGACGCCGUCCCUCACAUGUUCUGAAACUCAGCCCAUGGGUGCAUGUGAAGAUGAGCAAAGUGAUGAAAAGGACUCAACUCCAGGUCUGAGAAAAAGGAGAGCAAAGGCGCUGCAACUUGAACAGGAGACUCAGCCUUUAGAAACAAAAACAGGCCGGCAGCCUCAGAGAGGAAAAGGGAGACAAUCUGAAGCCGCAAACAGUGGCUCCACUAUUACAGGAAAAAGAGUGACAAGGGCAAGAUUAAGAGAAGAGGAGGAGCAGGCAGAGUGUUCUGAUCCUCCUAAAACACAGACGAGAGGGAAGAAUAAAGCGGUGCCAAAAACCAGAGGAAGGAGAGGGAAAUCCAGGCCUGAUGAGGAGGAGGAGGAGGAGGAGGAGAAGGAAGAGAAGAAGGUGGAGCAGGCCAAACGAACCAGAGGGAAAAAAUCCAUGAGACAACAGAAAGAUAACGAGGAAGAGGAAGAAAGGACAAGAAAGAAGCAGGCUGAAAAUAACAACCUAAUAAAGGAGCAAGAAGACCGGAGGGAAAAACGAGACAAAUUAGAGAGGGAAAGAAAAGAGAAGGAAGCGCAAGAAAGAGUGCAGGCUGAAAAUGCAGAAAGGUUAAGGCUUGAGCAGGAGAGAGCAGAAAAAGAGAAGAUAGAGCGGGAACAAGAAGAAAAGAAAAGAGCUGAUAGGGUACAAAAGGAAGAAGAAGAACAAUUAGAGCGGGAAAGAAAGGAGAAGGAGGAAAAAGAGAGGUUGGAGACAGCAAAGAGGGAACUUGAAGAGAGACUUGAGAGGGAGAGGAAGGAACAAGAACUCCAGGCGAGACUGGAUAGAGAAGCAAAGGAGAAGGAGGAAGGGAAGAGAUUGACGAGAUUGGAGAAAGAAAAUCGAGAAAAAGAGGCCAAAGAAAAACAAAUAAAAGAGCAACAAGAAAACACGCCUGCAACACCCACAAGAAGUCGAAGAGCAGCCAGAAGAACGAUUGCUGGCCCGUGUACAACUGAGCCGGAACCAGACUCAACCAUAUCAGCCAACGAGGACGUCCCAGCAAGGAGAACCAGAUCCCGCUCCAACUCUUCCAACUCCAUCAGCUCAGAGAGGUCUUCUUCAAGUGUGAGCACCCCUGGGAGCCGGGGGAGAGGCCGAGGCAGAGGAGCAAAGAGGACCAGUGCGCCACCCCCGGCAGCCAGCGUCAGAAGCAGCGAUAGGAGGAGGACGGCGGCCGCAGAGCUAAUAACACAACAGGGCAGUAAUGAUAUUCCUCCCCAAGGAGCCCUUUCAAGGUCCAACUCCAUUAACUCCAUCAACUCUGAGAUUUCCAGCUGCAGCUUGAGCUCUCAGAGCAGAGGAAGAGGAGGCAGGCAGGGAGGAAGAGGGAGGAAAACGGAGGCAGAGCCAGACUCCAUCCCUCCUAUCAAUAGUCAGAGUGACCAGAGCUUGACUCCCAAACCUACAGCCAGAGGCAGAAAGAGCAGGAGAGCAGAGGAAUCCUCUAAUGAGGUCCCCCAUGACGAUGGAAAAGAGAAGGCAGACUCUCAGCAGGCUAGUACCACAAGGGGGCGACGGCGAGCCAUUGCAAAUGUCUCUGAGCCUGCUGCUGCAGAAAAGCAAGACCCUUCAAGUCAGGAGGGAGCCAGUGAAGAAUCGACUCCUAAAAGGAAUGUGAGGGGACGAAGCCAAAAAGUGGUGCAAAUUGUGCCUGUGGAGGCACCAGGAGCUGCAGUCAGUGAUGGAGAGGAGGCUAAAGAGACAAGAAAAGGAAGAAAGAGAGAGUUGGAGGCAAAUACAGAAGAGGCCUCCAGCAGUAGCUCCAAAGAUUACACCGGGAAGAAGAAAGCUCAAACAGCAGAGGAAGAAGAAGAAACAAAGGAGGACAUUGUAGUCCAAGUUAAGAGAAAAGGUAGAGCAUCCAGCGCUUGCCCAAAGAACAAUACAAGCGUUUCCCCCAUUGAAGUGAAGGGGAAAGAGCAGAGUGAGAACAUGGGGAAGGGGACUGUUGAGAAGAAAGGCAGAGGUCGGCUAUCGGUGGUCCAGAAGAAGAAGAAGAAGAAAGAGGAGCAGGAAGAAAGCGGCUCAUCUGUUGACCAGGAGCCACGUUUGGAGCCAUCACAGCCCCAGACUCCGACCAGCGGUGCAUCUCGGAAGCGACGGUCUCUUGCGGACUCCUCGCCUGUGGCAAAGACCCCUCGCUCGUCUUCUGCUUCCCCGGCAGCUCGUGGUCAAUUGCGAGCUGCCGGCCAGGCCUACAAGGUGCUGUUCACCGGCGUGGUGGAUGAAGACGGGGAGAGAGUGUUGGCUCGUCUGGGAGGCAGCAUGGCUAAAGGAGUGGCAGACAUGAACUGUCUGGUGACUGAUAAAGUGCGCAGGACUGUGAAGUUCCUGUGUGCCUUGGCUAAAGGAAUCCCUAUUGUCACCACACAGUGGCUGGAGAAGAGUGGUAAGGCUGGGAGCUUCCUGUCUCCUAAUGCGUUUGUUGUGAAGGAUCCAGAGCAGGAGAAGAAGUUUAAUUUCUGCCUGCAGGAGUCUCUGAAGCUUGCCAGCAGUCAUCCUCUCUUACAGGGGUACGAGGUCCAUGUCACAAAGUCUGUGAAACCAGAGCCGGUUCAUAUGAAAGACAUCAUCUCCUGCAGUGGAGCUUCCUUUCUCCCUAAGAUGCCCUCUUCUUGCAAGCCGCAGACUGUAGUGAUUUCCUGCGAGGAGGACUGGCCGCUGUGUGGCCCGGCUCUCUCUGCAUCUCUCCCAGUCGUCACCGCUGAGUUCAUUCUCACAGGGAUCCUUCAGCAGAUACUCGACCUUCAGACCCACAAACUCUCCGGCCCCGCACUCACCCUGCAGCCCGCAGGAGGCCGGGGAAGGAGCGGCAAGAAGACUUAGCACCACCGACGUCUGCGAAGAAAACACCGUCCGCGUGGUUUCUCCGUCGCUCAAACCAGAGGCCGGUAGAAACACUAGUGGGUCAGCUGUUCGUCUGUAUUAAAGACGUGAAGAAUGUAUUGUUGGUUUUUAUAGUGUUAGCUGAUAAAUGUUAAAUAACUCAUUUGACAUGCACAGCAUCCCGUUUAGCAAGAGAGCGACGGGACAAUCACAGUUUAGGGAACUUGACUGUCUUUUCCCACAAUCCUACCUGCCUGCUUGAUACGCGUGAAAAAUGUAGAUUUUAAAGUGAAGUUGCUGCUAUGCCGGGUGGGAAAUAAUAACCCACCAGCCGUCCUUGUCCCCCCUCUCUGCUCCACCCUUGUGCUCCACCCCUCUCUGUAUACAACCAUAACAAGCAGAGCAGGAAUGAACCGUUGUUGCUGCUCUCCCUGCGUGCUAAGUGCUUCAGCAGCUCCAUCAGCCCGUGUAGCAGGUGGAGCAGUCAUGAAGUGCCAAUUUUAAUAAUCAUAUUUGGGUGGUGCAGAAGUGGAACUGAUGGGGUCAACUGGACUAGAUAAAAAGAAAAGCUUGUCUCCUGUGCUGAUGAGAAAUGCAUAGUGCCUUUUUAUACCCAGAUAAUCAUGAACCUACCAGUGUGUCUUGUUCCACUGUCUCCAUUACCCACCACCACCUACUCCAUUAAGGUUUCAAUCAAUCCCAUUAGCUCCUGGGGUGCAUCACGAUAUACAGGCACCUGAAUGCUGAUGCUGCUUCUACAUCAAUCUGUUACGGCCGUGCUACGUCUACUCUGUAUGUGGACAGAACUCACAUUGGGUUUCUUUCCUGGCCCACAGUACAUGUUUUAAAGACGGACUCGUUACCUUGUAACUAAGUUUGAUUUUAAAACUAAUAUCUCAACACAUGGUUUGUUUUUGUGUCGAAUCCUGAAAUCUGUCACAAUUACCAAUGAAAACAUUAAAUCUUUUUUACGUG